AAGUAUCCAAAUUCAAUUGUCGACAACCAUAUCUAUUUAUAGGGACCUUGGUCUUUUAUCUCUACCUCCUCUUUGUUCUGAGGUCUCUAGUUGUUUUUUCUUAGUCUUUUUCUUUCGAUUAUUAGUUAUCACAGGAAAAAAGAAAUCAUGGAGUUGGACUUGACACCGAAAACAGCAGAAGCAAUUUUUGAGGGAGAUGGUGGAGGUUACUACACUUGGUCAACUUCUCAAAUGCCGAUUCUUGCCAAGACUAAUGUGAGUGCAGGUCAUCUUGUGCUUCACUCCUAUGGUUUUUCCCUCCCUCAUUAUGCAGAUUCUUCCAAAGUAGGUUAUGUCAUUCAAGGGACUGAUGGUGUAGUUGGAAUGAUACUCCCCAAUUUUGAAAAAGAGGUAGUUUUCAAGCUUAAGCAAGGAGAUAUUAUACCAGUACCUCUUGGAACUACUUCAUGGUGGUUCAACAAUGGAGACUCAGAUCUUAUAGUUGUUUUUCUUGGGGAAACUUCAAAGGCUCUUAUUCCUGGCCAAUUCACCUAUUUUAUUCUAGCUGGGACUCAAGGACUUAUAGGAGGUUUUUCCACUGAGCUCACAAAAAAAGUGUAUGGCUUGAACAAUGAUGAGGUGAAGAAGCUCACUAAAAGUCAAAGUGGGGUUUCGAUUAUCAAGCUAGAAAAGGGGCAACUCAUGCCUAAGCCCAAAAUGGACAUGACCAAAAAGUUAGUCUAUAACAUAGAUGAUGCAUUCUCAAACAAUGGGGUCAAAGAUGGCGGAUUAGUUACAACCUUAACCCAAAAAGAUUUUCCUUUUAUUGGAGAUGUUGGAUUAAGUGUGAUUCGAGUGAAACUUGAACCUAAUGCUAUUAAAGCACCCUCGUACCCUGUCAAUCCUACUGUUCAAUUGAUUUACAUUACUAGAGGAAGUGGCAAGAUUGAAAUUGUGGACUUCAAUGGAAAGCGUGUAUUGGACACUCAUGUUAAGGCUGGUUAUUUGCUAGUGGUGCCACAAUUCUUUGUGGUCGCUGAAAUUGCAGGGGAAGAAGGGAUGGACAGUUACUCCAUCUUGACAACUACUGAACCUUUACUUGAAGAGUUGGCUGGCAAAGCAUCGGUUUGGGGAGCCUUAUCACCUACAAUUCAACAAGUGGUUCUUAAUGUGGAUUCAGAAUUUCAACACCUUUUUAUUUCUAAGAUCAAGGAAACCACAAAUCUCAUUCCCCCAACUAAUUAGUUGAUUUUACAUGAUGCAUGUAAUUUCAAAGAUAUUUACUAGAUUGAAUAAGCUACUUAAAUAAAUAUAUAUUACCAAAUCUUCAUGAUAUGGUCGAGUGUGAAGAUUUAUCUAAAAGCAUGUAUAUGUAUGUGUAUUUGAUAAUGCAUUUGUUUUAAGUUUUCA